AUAUGUCUACAUUGUCUAGCAUGAAACGAGCACUACAACAAGCUUACAAAAUACGAGUGUAAGUGAACGCAUCUUUUGUUAGCAAGCCAAGCUAGCAAUGGGAACGUCAGUGGAGAGAGAAUGGAGGACACCACGCGCCUGCAGCAACUACUGGAGUGAAUACAAACACUGCAAGAGCUUGUGGAAUCGUUUCCAUCACUACUACACUUACGGUACCUCUCCAUCCUGCCAGCAAUGGAAAGAAGACUACUACAACUGUAAAGCGUGCGAGAAGAACACAAGCGCUGAGGCCAAGGAAUUACUGCAGACAAGCGAAAGGAGCCGAGUGGCGGAGCAGAGGAAGUUCCCCCCGGUGUGGGAGCUGAGGCGAGACCCACCCAGUGACUGGCACUUGCCCCUCAACUAUGAAAAACCUCAGGACUCCUACACGGACAAAUGACGCUGCAAAUGUAAAGAAAUACACAUUGAAUCUUUGUCAUUGCACAGUGCUGUGCUGUAUAUAGCACAAUGGUGAAUGGUGUUUGAGUACUAAACACUUGGGAAUUUAA